AUGGGAAAGAAGAAUAGGAACAGAAAGAAGUAUCAAUGGAGGAAGAAGCUUGGUCUAGAUGAUCAAAAGGUGUUCAGAAGCAUUGAAGAUGACACUAACAUAAGAAACAUUUCAGUUGCUAUAAAAAAUGAUGAUAUUAUCAGUAGUUUGCCUGAUGAAAUCCUUUGCCAUAUCAUUUCUUUUCUCCCCUUUAAGUCUGCUGUCCAAACAAGUUUUCUUUCCACCCGAUGGAAAGAUCUCUGGAGGAAGGAUUUUUUGGUACGACAUGGAACCAUAGAUGAUGCUUUCAUUGAAAUUUCAAGCUUCCUCCAUGAUUUUUCCGGUGAAUUAUCAUAUAAGCCCAGAAAUAGCUGGGGGUUCCAAUUCAACCUUGGCAAAAGCAGCGUUCUCUCAGUAGCUAUUGAACCUGAUAAAAAACUUCACCUUGAUUUUUCUAAAGUGAAACAUGAAUUCCCAUGGCAGUUUGAUUGGUUGUUAGAGAUUAAUUUCCCAACCUAUGAUGACCCUCAUUUUGCCUGGUGGUUUGCUCGAAUUCGAAAAAUGCAUACCCUCCAAUCAUUACUCUCUACAUUCAAAUUAAAAACCCUUCAUCUAAUCUCAGUAAGUUAUCUUACUAGCGAGGCAGUUUCCUCUAUGACAAAGAAUAUCAAAUACCUUGAAAGCUUGACCAUAGAAAAAUGCAACGGCUUGCGAUCUUUACAGAUGAAGGCAAGUGGUUCAGAGCUUAAAAAGUUAACCAUCUUGGAUUGCCAACAAUUACAGUUUCUACAUGUUGAGGGUUAUAAUAUAAAGUCAUUCCGAUAUCGGGGUAGACUACUGUCUUUGCAAUGGGGUGCCUCCCUGGGCUCGUAUUGGCCUGAAUAUAAGGAUUAUUUAAACUUCAACCUGGAAGAUGCCAUGCUUGAUUGCAGACAAGGUCCGGCCUGCACCAACAUCAAUAGUUGUGGCUUUGAAUCAAUCUUUCAGCAACUACAAAAUGCUAAAUCUCUUACACUAUGUAGAUGGGUUUUCGAGGCAUUGAUCUACCCAAUUCUACCCCAUAAUAACAAGGAGCUACUUUUCCACCACCUAACAGAGUUGUGGUGGAUUGAUUAUUUAAAGGAAAUUAGAUACAAUAGCAAUGCCUUGAUCUCCUUCUUGCAACUCUGCCCUCACUUGACCAGACUCUAUAUCACUAUUGAUUCUAAAGGCUACAAAAGAACAAGCUCAAACAACUGUUCAGUGACAGUCACAAGGCUUCCAAGAUUAGAAGGUCUCAAAGUUGUCAAAUUAGAAGGAUUUCCCAACGAAAGAGAGGAGAUUAUAUUGGCUAAACGCUUGAAACAAGUAUUCAAUGUGGAACCAUUGAUCAUAGCCAAGUCAAAUUAUAGGACUCGUGUGCGGGUUCUGGUAAAAGAAAAUGAGAUUCAAAAAGGAGGGGAAGAUCCAUGCAAGUUUAUUGAGAAAAGAGUUGAAGAUUUUUAUGAAUUUUGCCCUAAACAUGUUCACAUGGGCCUUUAA